AUUUACCUCAAAUCUAAUUAAUUUAGCACUCAUAAAAAUUAGUUUUUUUUAUUCUAACAAAUAAAUAAAAAUUGUGCUUCAUACACUCACACCAUCUUUGAUAAAUUACAAUAACCAGUACCAUUUUAAAUUUUAAUUACAAACCCUCAUUUGUUUUACGACCGUUAACAUUCUAUCAAAUUUUCGCGGUUCUUCACGUGUUGUUUAGGGAAGGAGUCUGGAAAGAGUUUCUAAAAUUUAAUUUCACAUAAUGGAUAGCUCAUCAAGCGCAUACGAUUCCUCCUUUAGAAGUUACGAUACUGAAGAAGAUCUAAAUGAAUCUACAGACGGUAUUUCUGAUCAGGACGAGGCCUGGAACAAACUUAAGAAAUUUAGACUCAGAGGUCGAAUUUGGACCUUAUAUAAACCCGUAGUUGAAGACGCAACUUCGUUGUACAAACAAUUUAUGAGCGAUCCUCUUGAAUCGGAAAAUCUGGCACGUUGGUUUGUACAGUACUGCGUGAAUAAGUCCCACAAAUUUACCACAUACGUUCUAUACAAGUUUGUAUUUGAUUGUGCGGCUUUUCAAAAGUUUCGCUUGCAAAAAUACUUUUCAUAUCCGCCGAAUGUGAAUAAGAUUCUGAAUAAAGCCGACGACAGUAAUGCAGAAGUGUUUAAAAUCGGGAAGUACCUUUUUAUCGAAAACGGUAGAAUGGCCACGCUUACGAAAAUUGGUCUUUGCAAGUUUUUUCAAACGAUUAUUUCCGAGGCUUACAACACGGAAAUGCUGUAUAAAGACCCUUUCAAAUUCCUGUUUCAACUGAUUGAUCACAUGUGCAAAAUUGAUAGGACUCCGCUGGUAAUUACAGGAGCGACAUUUGGUAUAAAGUUAGUAACUUCUCUAACAAUAAUCCGAAAAAAUAUGAAAGGUCACAAUCAGAUAAAUGACGAAAUAAUUAACAUAAUUUAUUUAGCUGUAACGAAAGUUUGCAAAAUGCAAGUGGCAAUUUUCAAAACGUUUAAAUUGGACUACAUUAAGGAAAUGAGGAAGUGGAUUUAUUACUGUGGAGAGGUUUUUCUUGAUUAUUUUGAUUGCCUGUCUGUUGCAAUUAGACUAUUAAUUGAUCAGACAAAGGUGGUUCGCUUGGCCACCUUGGAUUUGAUUGAUAAGCUUACUCGCAGCGAAGGUAUCAAUGUGUUCAUCAAGGAAGCUUCGGUUAAUGAAUUGGCCAAGCAUGUGUUCUGUAGAUUUACAGAUGUUGACUCAAGCGUAGCUCUAAGAGCUAUGGAAGUGUAUGCUUCUCUGCUAGAAAGGUAUAUCGAAGAAAUCGAAAUACUACCAGAAGACUUUCAUACGCUAACAGAAACGUUGUAUCAUAUCGAUUAUAAGUUCGGUUCUGGCUGUGGAAAAUGCCUUAUCGAAAUAAUGAAGCUAGAAGAUAGCGAUGAGACACAUAUGUUGCUGAAUAUAUGCAAAAUAGCGAAGCGAAUUCGUCCACGUCUGAAACCUUUACUGGUCGAAUCUUUGAGUGAUCACACACCAGUUUUGGAGAACUGGGACUUGUAUUUGACAGUGUUUCAGGAUAAAUGCGACAUCGAAGUUGAUAUCAGCCUAAUAAGGGUUCUAAGCGAACUGCUUUUCGAGUCUGUUUGCCAAGUUGUUACCGGAAAAUCAUCGAUGGAACGCAAAAACUCGAAAACGAGAUCAGUAGAUAAGGACGAUCAUAGAAAAGUUGCGGACAAGAUUUGUCCAAAUUUAAAGUCGUUUUUAAUCAUAUAUCGGGACGAGCCAGUUAUAGCAAAAAACAUAUUGAAAGUCGUAUCGAAAUUAGAAGUAGAUGCCAUUGGAGGAGAAAAUUUAAGUUAUAUAGAAAGCUUCCUAAUGAUUAGUAUGAAACCUUUUAAAUACUGGGAGGACACGGAUGUCCUGGAGGCUCAUCUAGACUUUCUCAACCAUGUCAAAACCGUUUCUAAAAAUGGCGAGAAUGCUUUUGAAGAAUUGAACAAGUAUUGUUGCGAAGAAUUACUGGGUUCGCUAAAACAAGAAGAGUAUUAUCUUGAAAAGAUCAAGAAAUUAGCCCUUGUUUGUAAACAUGUUGAUUUGACCGAAGUUCUAGACAUAAACAGUAUUUUUUCGUAUGAUUUUAGGGUUGAAAGUGCAGAGUACAAUGACGAAGUCCUGAAGUUGCAAUCUAGCAUCUUCGUUUGGAGAAUAAAAAAUCUAACAACUGUGUCUAAAGAAAAACAGAACGAAAAUAUAGAACAUUUUAAAUAUGAAUCUGACAGAUUUUUCCUUAAGUGUAUAGAUCUAAUGGGAAACGAAGAUAUCUCCACAAAAAUCAAGGCUUUCGAAAGAUACUUGGAUACUUCAAUAAAUGUUUGUGAUGUUCUGGAACAUGCUGGUAAACAAAUUCAAGGUUUGGAUGAACUAAAACCUUCGUUGAACGAGGAUCUGAUAGCUCAGCAACAGUUGAUUGAUGUACUUGAAUUAGUACUUAUUUCUAGCGAUAUUCCUGUACAAACCCGUCAAAAAUAUAUCGCAAAUUUUGUCAAAAUUGCUGGUUUCGGUGUUUUACCCAUGAAAAUAGUUUCUAACAUUUUCAAGUACUAUCAAAAAUACGACAACGACUAUGGACAGUUGAUAGAACAAAUCUUAACUAGAAUAUGGGAAAGUGAAAAAAAUUGGGUGCCAGUGUUAGUAAUCAAUUCUAUUGUAUUAUUAUAUGAAGCCUACAUCAGAAGGCACGAUGCUAUUGACAUACGAUCCGAGGAUGCCAAAGACAUACUGAAACUGUGCAGGAAAUUUGCAGAUUUUAAAAUGGUCAGCAAUCCGGACUGUGUCGUAAAAAUAAUGUAUUUUGCCAUAAACUACGCCAUAGGCAAAAAAUCCUACGACAUUUUGCUGUUUGUUAAAGUGUUUACUGCUUGUCUCAGUACUGAGAAACGCAACGUACUGCUGGAUCAUCUGAGGAGAUUCGUGCCCGCUGAAGAGGCAAAAAACGACGCGUUGCUUUACUUUAGCAAUUCUUUGAAGGCUUCCUCUGCCGCUAAUCGUACUAUGGUAACACCAGCCAAGACUCCACAGAAAACUCCUACAAAACGAGGUAGACCUCCAAAACUUGGAAAAACUGAAAAGAAACAGCAAAAAAGACAGAGUAGUACUCAAAAAAAGAAAAAUAAUUCGAUUGUAAAAAAUAUCGUAGAUUUGACAGGCGAGGAAACGCGAAAAAGACAGAGUAAUACUCAAAAUAACGAGAAUAAUUCGACAGUAGAAAAUGACGUAGAUUUGACAAGCGAAGAAAGUACAUAAAAGUGUCUUUUAUUUAUUUGUUGAUUUGUUUUGCAUAGUUUCUCUUAUUAUAUAAGUUAUUUUUACAUUAAGUUACAUUUUUAUCUCUUAAAAUUAGAUAUUAUGAAAAACAUAUUUCUAAAGUACGUUAUUAAGAACUUUAGCUAUUAUUUAGUUGCGUGUUUAGUACUUUUAAGUAGAAUUUUUAUUAUUGUUUUUGG